UGUACAGUCUUAUCGUUCGGAAAACAAAAUGUGACGUAGCGUAAUUAUUUUUCAAAACUAAUAUAUUUUAAAUUCAAAUCAAACGGUUUUAAUUUCAAAGAAUAAUGUUAUUUGAAAUCUGUAAAUAAAAUAAAUGAUAACAACAUCUACAUGCCUGUGUGCCGCGUGCUCUAGUGUCGAUUCAGUCACGAGACGAUCCUCAUCUUAAAAGGGAAAUGUGUUACGUCCGCCAAAUAUAUUCUGCGUUUAUAGUGAGUUGUCUGUGCCUCAAUAUUGGUAUUCUGUUCGCAUGGCCUUCAUCCACGCUCAAAUUAUUUUCUUCCACUAAUACAACACUAAAUCGAGCCAUGACUGAUACUGAAAUAUCCUUAUUUGGCAGUCUACCAUCCUUCACAGCACUAUUCAGCACACCCUUGUCUGGUGUACUACUGGAUGUCAUAGGAAGAAAAAAAUGCUGUAUUUUGUUUGGGUUGCCAUCAGUGAUAGCAUGGACUAUCGUGUCCCUAGUAUCUCGGGUAGAAGCCAUCCUUGCGUCGGUUUGUGUUGGUGGAUUGAGCGGAUGCUUGCUCCUGGUCGCGCCAAACUUCAUCAGCGAAUUUUCCCAUGAAUCGAUUAGAGGAACCCUCACUUCUUUUGGAAUUAUAUUUUAUGGUAUAGGUCUGAUGGUGUCGUACAUUCUUGGAGGAUGUCUAAAUUAUGAAAUGAUGAAUUAUGUUUGCCUGACAAUAUCAGUUUUUUCUUUGCUUAUGAUGAGCCUAGUGAAGGAGUCGCCCGUAUAUUUAAUGUCUAAGGACUUAGAAAAGAAAGCAGCUGAAUCUAUAGCCUUCUAUAGAUCAACGAAACAAGGAUCGGUAAUAGUGCAACAAGAAAUGGAAUCUAUAAGACGAACUCUCAAUCAACAGGUGGACCGUGCGCCCGCUGAAGAGCAAAUGCUAAAAUCAGGAAAUAGGAAUCCUAAAAAGCCUCUAUGGUUACAAUUUUUCAAAAAAUCUAAAUCAACUCGCCGGGGUUUAGCAAUUGUUCUUAUUCUAUUUUCACUAUCCAUAUUUCAAGGGUUGAUUGUAGUUCAAGUAUACUCUGAGCCGUUAUUUAAAGAAGCACUACCUAAUAUGUCAGCUAAUUUGACCAGCAUUCUCUUUGCUUUGUUGAAUACGAUUUCAGGAUUCGUAGCUGCUUAUUUACUUGACGUCUUUGGAAGACGGCCUGUUAUGAUCUACCCAUCCCUCGGUACCUGUUUUUUCUGUAUAGCUCUCGGAACUCAAAUUCAAUUCCAUUGGGGCCCAGCUUGGUUGAAGGGGCUCUUUGUGUACGCGUUCUGUAUAACAGCAACUUGUGGAGCUGGUACUGUGCCCUACGUUAUGAUACCGGAGAUGUUUCUACCCGAAGUCCGUGGGGUAAUCACAAUGUUAGUAAUCGAAUGGGGAUGGCUUUGCAACUUUUUCAUACUUUUUAUAUUCAAUCCUUUUAUAGCAGUAGCUGGUUUGGGGCCAGUUUUUUAUGUUUUUGCAUUCAUAGGUUUAGUAUCAGCAAUAUUUUGUAAGCAUUAUUUACCUGAAACAAAAGGGCUGACUGUAGACGCCAUUCAAGAUAUCUUGCUUGUCACAUAGUUAAUUUUGGAUACAUCGUAAAUUUUAUUCCAACAAAUUUUCCUGUUUUUUUUUUUUAAUUUAUAUAGUAAUUGAUGGAAAAAACCAAAUUCAAACCAAAUAUCAAUUGGUGUUCAAUAAAAUUUGGUGUAAGUUAGUAUAAUAAUUUUUUUUUUUGCAUUUGUGUCUGUUGCACUAUUGAUCAUCAAGAAGGUUAGAACAUAUUUCGUAAUGGUAUUUUUUUCUUAGUAAAUUGAUGUCGUUUGAAUUAAUUUCAUUUCAAUAAAGCUUUAUAGUUGUAACAAAGUGUCCUAAUAAAAAAUCAACAUCAUUUUAGCUCAUUUAGUGCCCUGAUGAUAAUAGCAAAAUUUUUUCAUUGAAAUCUUGUAGCAUUUUAGCUUAUUUAAUUUUAAUAGCCGUAAAGCUUUAAUAUUUUUAUUCUCAUUUUUGAAAAAUGAUAACUGUCAGAUUAAAUUAUUAAGACUUCUAUUUAAAUUCUUAUUACUCAUUGGCUAUUUCUUCUCGAAAAAUAGACACACUAUCAGAAAUAAAUUAACUAAGAAGAUAAAGUGGAUCGUACUUACAAAGAUUACGAUUAAAAAAUGUAAUAGAAUUUUAUAAUAUUUUUUGGUGGCAGUAAAAUUAUCUAUUGGUAUAGUUUUAAGUUACUAUUUAUUGGAAUAUGAAGUAAGUUCCAGAAUAUGCUAAAUGUCAUCUACUCUUAUUAAUUAAAAACUCAUAAACUAAGUUUUUAGCUGUAUGUAUCAUUAAAGUUUUAUAAAAUCAUUCUCACUAAUGACUUUCCCACCCCCACCUCAUGGGUAACAUCAGGAAAAGCCCUGAGCACAUUGUCUUUUAGUUUCAUGCUUUCAAUGUGGUACUGUACUAUUCCUGACAACGGGUAUUUUUGUACAUAUGUGAGGUUAUUCGUUUAACUGUUUGUCCUAAUUUGAUGACCUUGUUCGUAGAUCAAGUAAAGACCCACCUGAAUUAAGUUUUUAUUCAUCUCAUUUUAUUUUUGCUUUCAAAUUAUACAGGUUCAGUUCCGAUGAGUAUUUCAAGAUUUUAAGAUUAAUUAUUA